CUGAAAACCAGGCGAUCACAUUCACCUUCCAAACCAAACUGAACCAAACCAGACCAAACUUCCUGAGUGAGUCCAGCUACAGGAGAGAAGAGUCAAACUACAACCUGCCGACGCUCCACACACUGACCCUUCACCUGGAGACUCAAUGGCUUCCAGAUCAGAAGAGGAUCUCUGCUGUCCCAUCUGCCAUGAUGUCUUCAGAGAUCCUGUCAUUCUGUCAUGUAGCCACAGCUUCUGUAAAGACUGUGUGAAGAGCUGGUGGAAAGAGAAAGUAGUAAAAGAGUGUCCACUUUGUAAGAGAAGAUCUUCAAGGUCAGAACCACCUUGUAACCUGGUGUUGAAGAACCUGUGUGAGACCUUCUUACUGGAGAGAGAUCAGAGCUCUUCACCUGCUCUCUGCAGUCUGCACUCAGAGAAACUCAGACUCUUCUGUCUGGACCAUCAGCAGCCAGUGUGUCUCGUCUGCAGAGAUUCAGAAAAACACACCGACCACAGAUUCAGACCCAUCGAUGAAGCUGCACCACAACACAAGAAGCAGCUUCAGGGAACUCUGGAGCCCUUGAAGAAGAAGUUAAAGUGUUUUGAACGUGUUAAAGUUAAGUGUGAACAAACAGCAGAACACAUUAAGGUCCAGGCCGGACUCACAGAGACGCUGAUCAAGAAGCAGUUUAAAAAACUUCAUCAGUUUCUGGAGGAGGAAGAGGAGGCCAGGAUGGCUGCACUGAGGGAGGAAGAGGAGCAGAAGAGUCGGAUGAUGAAGAAGAAGAUUGAGUCUCUGAGCAGAGACAUAACGUCUCUUUCAGACACAAUCAGAACCACAGAGGACGAGCUGAGAGCUGAAGACGUCUCGUUCCUGCUCAAAUGCAAGGCUUCAGGGGAACAAGUCCAUCAGCGCCUCCUGCUGGAUGAUCCACAGCUGGCCUCAGGAGCUCUGAUAGACGAGGCCAAACAUCUGGGCAAUCUGAACUUCAACAUCUGGAACAAGAUGAAGGACGUGGUCUCCUACAGUCCGGUGGUUCUGGACCCAAACUCUGCUAAUCCAUUCCUCAUCCUGUCUGAAGAUCUGACCAGUUUGAGACGAGGAGAGAGACAGAAGCUUCCUGACAAUCCAGAGAGGUUUGAUACUUACGCCUCAGUCCUGGGAUCUGAGGGUUUUAACUCAGGGACUCACAGCUGGGACGUCCUGGUUGGAGACAGUACACUCUGGUCACUGGGUGUAAGAGCAGAGUCUGUCCAGAGGAAGGGAAAAGAUCUGUCUGGAACAUGGAGAAUAAGGUUCUGUGAAGGUAAAUACUCAGCAGCGUCACCAUCAGGAUCAUCUGUUCUCUCUGUGCAGAAGAUCCAGAGGAUCAGAGUGAAACUGGACUGGAACAGAGGAGAACUGUCGUUCUCUGAUCUUGAUACUAACAAACACAUUCACACCUUAACACACACUUUCACUCAGAAGAUGUUUCCAUUCUUUAGCACUAUAGUUCCCUUGAAGCUGUUACCUGUGAAAGUCUCUGUGACUCUGGAUCAGAGCCGUUAGAGAUAAAGAUUUUAUUCAUCAUGUUUAUUUCUUCAAGAGAAAUCUGCUGAAUUUAAAAGUUAAACUCGUUAUUCUAAAUCUUUGUUUAUUUCUCCUUUUACUUCUCACUCAGUUUUAUUUCUCCUGUCGACUUUUGUGUGUAAAAAGAUUUGAUUAUUUUCUGAUCUUUAUCUUUGGUUUGUUUUUUACUUUCAUGGAAAAUGUUUCUAUCAUUUAGAUUUUGUGUGGAUCCAUGAAGUCGAGCAAACUGAUGAAGAUCCACAUAAAAACACAUUUAUCAAUAACAGCUGAUCAUUGUUCACAUUCAACAAACUUUAUUAAAACUCACACAUGAGACAUGAUUCAUGUUUAAUCACAUAAAACCUGUUCACAUAUGAAACUGUUUUUUCCCACAUUUAGAUUAUUUGGCCAUGUUUAGAUUUAGUUUCUAGCUGAUUAAUUGGUCUGAUUAUUGGUUUCUUUGUUUUAAUUUAUUUUGUUCUAUGGCUAUGUUCAAUAUGGUUGGCUGGUACUGUGAUAUGAAUACAUUUGAAUAUUGGUGAGUUCUUGGCUCCAUAAACUAAAGGCCCUCUUUUGUAAUCUUGUUGUAUUAUAUCGCUUGCAGUGUAAGGGAUCUUAAAGUGUGCUGUGCUUAUUAAAUGCAUAAUAUUUUAGCUUUGUUAAAUUGGGUCUGGACCCUUUUUGACCACUACACAUAUAUGAACAUUUGUCUGUUUGAUUUGAUGAAGCCAAAAUGAUUCUGUCUGUAAAAGUGUUUAUUCAACAGCAGCCUGGUGAUGUGAUUUUAAUAUUGUGAUCAAAAUAAACCCUAACCCUAAACACUAUGAAACAGAAA